AUGCCGUUCACCACCACCACUGAAGGUUUAGCUCCCCUUCCAUUUCCUCUUAAUUUCCUUUCCACAAUACAAUCAUCGACUCUGACCAAUAAUAAUGAAACUGCCACCAAUCACACCGCCUCAGAAAAUUCUCUCACACAAGAACAACUCACGACCUUAAUGGCCACCAAAUUAAGCACUCUCUUUGGUAUUCUUAUUGGAAGUUUUUUAGUUUCUUUGGUUCCUUUAUGUUUUGGUCGAAUUCCCUAUUUAAGAAAACGCAUGAAUCAUGGUUUGAUUAGCAUUGUGAUUGAUCAAUGCAAUGGUUUUGCAGGAGGUGUUUUAUUGAGUGUUGGAAUUUUACACUUGAUGAAUGAAGGUAAUGAACUGUUGCAUGAAGGACUGAAAGCUUUGGGAGAUGAAAAAGCAGCAGAAUAUCCAUUUGCUCCAAUGGUCAUGUGUAUGGGUUUCUUGGUUUUGUAUGGAUUGGAGUUUGUUUUGCUUGCAUUCUUAUCGAAUUGGUUCAAAACUUCGAAGGAUUCUCAUGACCAUGGACAUCAUCAUCAUGACCAUGGACACAGUUGUGAUUCUCAUGUGAUAACCAUCGAGGAAAAAGCUUUAAAAUCUCCUACCAAUGAAAUGAUGAUGAAUGGCAAUAACAAUUCACAAGAAAUGCUCGAAGAAUUACCCACUCUUAACACCAGUGCCAGUCAAUUCUUAGAGGAAGAAGGUAAAAUAGACUUGUCAAUUGCCAACAUGAAUGGAAGCAUGGACACGAUGGAAGGAAGUGUCGUUUCAUCAACCAUACCGUUGGAAAAUCAACCUUCUCCACCCUCGAUUGUGGACAUUGAAAAUCAAGCAAAGACCACCUGCGAACCAACUGUUUGUGCUCAACAUCAUGCUCAUCAUGAUCAUGGUCACAACAGUGGAGAUCACACUGCAUGUGCACACCAUGAAGCGACUCAAAUGCUUUUCGAAACCAAUCACAAACAUGGAAUUCCACUUGUAUUGACUGCUAUUGUGCUGUGGUUGGCCCUUUCGACCCAUUCGAUUUUCAUUGGACUUGGAUUUGGAGCUGAGAACGAUAUUGGAAAUAUGUGGAGUAUAUUUGCUGCCAUUAUUGCUCACCAAUUUAUUGAGGCAUUUUCAUUGGGAUCAAUUGUGGAGAAGGGAUGUCGAAGUUUGUGGAUGGCCAUUUCAUUGUUGUUUUUGUACUCAAUUUCUGUACCAGUGGGUAUUGCGAUUGGUUUGGGUAUUGUUUCAGCUGCUCAAUCCAACGCUCUUGAGAAUGAAAGCUGGAAAGUGACACAAGGAAUACUCAUGUCUAUUGCAUCGGGUGCGUUUGUCUAUGUGUCCUUGAUGGAAAUUGCAAUCCAUCAGCCCAAGAACAAGUAUUUGAAAUUGUCUCGAUUUUGUUUAAUGUUGCUUGGCUUUGCUGCCAUGGCAGUCUUGGCUGUUUGGGCUUAA